AACGAAUAAGUUGCUUUUACAGGGAUCCCAAACACCCACGCUAACAAACGGCAAAUCCCGGUUGAUUGGAGAUGCUCUAUAGUUCGCCGGUAUCAAUUCUCCGAUCAUCCGCCGCUUCUCGCUCCGCUUUGGUCGUUGCUUGGCCGCUCGCCCAGCGUUCAUAUUUACCACACCUCUUCCCGGUUCAGCAAACUGAUAGUAAAUUUGACAAAAUCGGCGCUCGUCACAAUCUAGUCAAAGUUACUACUGCCCGUACGAUCACUUGUGCUUCGGCAUCAUCCAUGGCGUCUUCUUUUAGCCCUGAGAAAGCUAGGGUUCCCCCUGCUAUCGAACUUCCCGUCCCUCCUAUCUCUAAGUUCAAGAUUGGACUAUGUCAGUUGUCCGUGACAGCGGACAAGGAGAGGAAUAUUGCUCAUGCUCGUCUAGCAAUUGAGGAGGCUGCUGAAAAGGGUGCCAAGCUUGUUCUUCUGCCAGAAAUAUGGAAUAGCCCAUAUUCAAAUGAUAGCUUUCCUGUCUAUGCUGAGGACAUCAAUGCUGGAGAGGACUCUUCUCCUUCAACAACAAUGUUGUCUGAAGUUGCUCGUUCUUUGAAGAUCACGAUAGUCGGUGGGUCAAUACCAGAAAGAUGUGGGGACAAGCUGUACAAUACUUGUUGCAUUUUUGGUACUGAUGGAAAGCUGAAGGCCAAACACAGAAAGAUACACCUUUUUGAUAUCAAUAUCCCUGGAAAGAUUACAUUUGAAGAAUCAAAAACUCUUACGGCCGGAGAAACUCCUACUGUCGUGGAUACAGAUGUUGGACGCAUAGGUAUAGGUAUCUGCUAUGACAUUCGAUUUCAGGAACUGGCCGCACUAUAUGCAGCUAGAGGUGCUCACCUACUUUGUUAUCCUGGGGCCUUCAACAUGACUACUGGUCCACUGCAUUGGGAGUUACUACAAAGGGCAAGGGCUGUAGAUAAUCAGUUAUAUGUAGCAACUUGCUCUCCUGCUCGAGAUGCUGGGUCUGGAUAUGUGGCAUGGGGCCAUUCGACCCUUGUUGGACCAUUUGGAGAGAUUUUGGCUACUACAGAACACGAAGAGGCAACCAUCAUAUCAGAGAUUGAUUAUUCAGUACUUGAGCUAAGGAGGACCAAUCUCCCACUACAGAAGCAACGUCGUGGUGACCUUUACAGCUUGGUCGAUGUUCAAAGGUUAAAUUCUCAAUGAUUGCUGCCAUAUUUUGUAAUUCAAAUCUAUCGACUUUUCUUUCUCCAAAAAUAAAAAAGUUAUCGACCUUUUAACUUAAGUCGGGUAUGUGUGUAUUUAAUCGUUGAAGUAAAAUCUGGUGUGAGCUGUUGUAGCUUCUUGUAUCGCACUUUUACUGAUACUCAUUCCUUAUGGAAAUGGUGAUGCCUUCUUUCUUCCAGCC